AUGCGCAACAUCAUCGAGACCUCGUGGCAGUCUUCUGGUGCUCUCUACCACACCAUUCAAAGCAUGUCGGCCGCUUGUUUAUCAGAAGACUUUCCGCACCUUCUACCUGUUGCGCGCCGCGAGCACCUACAAGCCCUCGAGCUGCUCCGCCAGGACUCUCUACCAACGCACAAGCAAGCUAUGCUGCUCGCGUCUCAACUACUGGGCCACACGUCCAGUUGGCUCACUCCACAGAACCUAGCCACGGACAUGUUCAGAACGAGCUGUGACAUCCUACAAGACAUCAUGCUUGAAACGGGUAGAGACGCCACCAUUUCGUUCUUCAGCGACACAAUGGACUAUUGGGCAAUGCUGCUGGCCUAUCUAACAGACAGCCAUCAGCUGGGUGGUUACGAUCGAAACUCUCCGUUUGGGCCGGCGGAGUCCACCAAGUCGGACGAACCACAUCCGUAUUCUGGUAUCUCCCGUGAUACGGUCAAAAUACUCGCCGAUAUUGGCGUUCUCGUCUUCCAAUACCGAAAGCGCAUCUCCAAAGUCAAAUUCCUCACCGAGAAUGAUAUCGAUCUCUAUCGUGUGUUCCCCGACCUACUAAACGAACGAUAUGCCCCAUGGGACAAGGACUAUCUACUUCGGCCAUUACCGUCCGACAAGACACCGACCGCUCAGGAGAGGCAGACAUGGUUGACCAAGCUCGCAAUGCACAUCUUGGGUAUUCUGAGGGAAAUACCGUUCGAGUCUCGGACGCGCAGCGCGCAGCCGUUCAUCAUGGUCGCUUGCUCAAGCGAGUUGAGAAGAAAUCCACAGCACUUGCGGUCUGCGUCUGUGGCCGUGGGCGACUUGGACGUGCUGGCAAUUGACCCAGCUUCCAUCGAGGUCGCCCGGGCACGCAAGUUCGUGCUGUCACGGCUGGCCGCCUACACUCACAUUCUGCCUCUUAGGAAAAGUCGAGUAAUUUCGGAGUUGAUAGAUCAGAUCUGGUCGGCGUCGGACAGUGGAAGUACUGAUGUUUACUGGCUGGACGUGGCUCAUGAGAAGAACUUGGGAACAAUGAUGGGAUGA